AUGACUCGGCGCAUAGACAUUCCAUAUUUUCGAAGAGGAGCGGGGGCAGCGGGAAAACUUGAAGUUGGUCGCCAACUUUGUCUUGGCAUUUGGGGCAUAAACCUUACCAGCAAAGCCCAGCAUUACGCUCACUCAUACUUGGACCACUGCAACGAGCUGCGAAGCUUAUUUGAAGAGGAUGGGCUUUUGCGAGCUAAGAGAACCGAGAUUGUUGAACUCGUUGGGUUAGUGAAACAGUCCCAGCAUAAAACCGUCAAGGAGAUCGAAGAUGAAAUUCGCAAAGCACAGUUCUACUGGAUAGCUCCUCAGGCAGACGAUGAGUCGAUUCAAAAUGUACUAAAUUUCGCUAUUCGGCUUUGGCUGUUUCUCGAGCCUGACUUAUCUAACCAGGCAUUAACCUUGGCUGAAGUCGUUGAACGGUCUCUGCCCAGGAAAAGCCAGGCUGAAGGACAUACGAAGAAGCACAGAAAAUCCAAAACUGUGUCUAAAGCGAAGGCACCCAUUUUUCCUUUUGCACCAGAGAAGCUCUCCCGAGAGAAGGACCAAUCGCUCAUCUACCUUCCUGAGGAUUUCUCAGAGAAAAGCCUGACCAGGAAAGGUGCAAUCAAGCUUGAAUGGUCAAGUUACUUGUCCGACCAUCUUACUUUUAUGGGCAAAUCACGGUUACGGAUCUUUCGGCAUGCUUCCGCGAUUCAGGGACAUUCAACGCUUUUUGCAAGUCUUCCAUACCCUCCCGGCUUCCUACAAGAAACAGAACGUACCUUAGCGUUGCUUUUCGACCCUGUGGGAAACGAGACGUCAAAACGCACCCGCAGGAUUGAAAGAAAGAACCAUGUUGAUCUUGAAGCCGCAAUUCACUCGUUGAUUACUUCCGACGCCCGUCUCGAUCUACGAACGUACCCUUACUGGCAAGAACGUCUUCGUGAAAUAUGCAGGGUCUAUGAGGACGCUCAACCCAAGUCUCUCAGACAGUGGUGGUUCGACAGGCGUAAUAGGUUUAAUUGGGCUACGCUAUGGGCCGCGAUUGUUGUAUUCUGCUUGACCAUGAUUUUUGGGUUGAUCUCUUCCGUUACAGGCAUCAUGCAGGUUUACGCUUCGUUUCGGGCUUGA